UAUAAACGAUAGAUAACAGUGUAGAUGUACAAAAUUCAGAACAAUUUUCAGUUCAAACUAAUUGUAUAAAAAGGCAAUGAGCAUUGUAAGGAACAUCAUAAUUUCAACAUGUGGAAAAUACUGUCGAUAAUCGUUGUCUCAGCUCUUCUAGCUACCGUGUAUAGUGCAUGUGAAAGUAACUGGCGAAGUCAUGGUGGUAAUUGUUACAGAUUUACGACAGAAAAGCAAACAUGGGUUGCAUCAAGACAAAUGUGUCAAUGGCAUAAAAGCGAUCUUGUUGUCAUAGAAACGGCCGAGGAACAAACAUGGUUUCGUAAACAAGCAUUAACAUUUAAUCACACAGACGGUGACAUGGGUUUCUGGAUAGGUGGUGCCAACUUCAACAAUGAUGGUAAUUGGAUAUGGGAACCAACAAAUAAUCCAUUGACAUACGCACCAUGGGGUUCUCCACCUCAACAACCAAACAACAGAAACAACAGUGAGCUUUGUUUAGCUUCAAUGAAAUAUUUUGAUUAUAGCUGGAGUGACGAGUAUUGUGAUUGGGAUGUGCUGCAAUACGUAUGUGAGAAAAAAGAGUCUGUCACACCAAUAGUUGGUUAGAGAGCAACAUAUUCUUCUAGAGUGAAUCUGGUAUAUUCUGUAUAUGGAUAAAUAUGAUCUAUUACUGUGAUCUAUGUGAAAUCCGCAAAGUUUGUCUUUGAAUUCAUGUAUAUUUCAAAAUAUGUAUAGAAAUAAAUUUCACUUUUUUUACAUAA